AUGCCGCGCGACAUGACUGCCACGGGGAGGUAUCCUCCCGUCCCCAAGCACCCGCCCAUCGCCUUCUACUCCGCCGUGCGGCUCGGCGACCCCGAGCAGCUGGCGCUGAUCAUGGCCACUGACCCCUACUUCAUCACCCAGGACAACGGUGCAGGAGCCCCCGUGCACUUUGCGACCACCUACAAGCAGCUGGACAUGGUGCGAGUGCUGCACCACCUGUUGAACAACGGUGCCGAGGUCAAUCAGAGGGACGAGAAGGGGUUCACCCCCCUGCACCGCGCCGCCUACCUGGCACACUUUGACGGGUACCUUGAGAUCUACGAGUAUCUGCUGUCUCGCGGCGCGGACCCCUCCAUCACCACCAACGACUUUGACCCCUACCUCUCCCCCGGGGUCAAGCUGCCCGUGGAGGUGGCCACCGACGACCAGGCCAUCCGCGACAAGCUGCUGGCCCUGGAGAAGAAGUACGCUGGGGUCGCCAAGGCCCGCCACCCCCACCCUGAUAUCGGCUGCUGGUGGACGCUGUAUGACUACGGCCUGGAGCGGGUGAAGACCUGGGACGCAGAGUACCGGCACCCCUACCCCGAGCAGGUCAAGCGCGAGCGCGACGCGGCGGCGCGCAAGGCCGCCAAGGCGGAGCACCGCCGCGCCAAGGCGGCAGCGCUGGCCGCCGGCGGCCUGCCCGCCACCAAGAAGGCCCCAGCCCCCGCCGGCCCCAUCGCCUUCCUGUUCCCGGGCCAGGGCUCGCAGGCCGUGGGCAUGCUGAACCAGUCCAAGGACAUCCCUGCAGUCAAGGCCAUGCUGGAAAGGGCCGAGCGCGUGCUGGGCUACGACCUGCUGGCGCUCUGCACCGAAGGGCCCAAGGAGAAGCUGGACGACACCAUCUACUCCCAGCCUGCGCUGUUUGUGGCGGGACUGGCGGCCGUGGAGAAGCUGCGCGCCGAGAACCCGGCGGCCGUGGAUGGGGCCGCCUCGGCCGCGGGCCUCUCCCUGGGCGAGUACACUGCCCUCGUCUUCUCCGGUGCCAUCUCCUUCGAGGAUGGGCUCAAGGUGGUCAAGGUCCGCGCCAGCUCCAUGGCGGCGGCCGCCAAGGCGGGCCGACCCCACGGCAUGCUCAGCGUGGUGGGGCUGAACGACGCUGACCUGGAGAAGGUGGUGGCAGAAGUCAACACGAAGCUGCCGGACAGCGUCUGCCGCGUGGCAAACUACCUGUUCCCCUCAGGCCGCGUCGUCUCCGGGCACAAGGAUGCUCUGGAGGAGGCCCAGAAGGCAGCCGUGGCCGCCGGCGCCAUCAAGGCCGUGUCGCUGGCAGUGAGCGGCGCUUUCCACACCACGCUCAUGCAGCCCGCUCGCGAGGCGCUGGAGGAGGUGCUGAACAGCAUCGAGAUCAAGGAGCCUCGCAUCCCGGUGUACAGCAACGUCACGGGCAAGGUGUUCGAGGACGCCAAGGAAAUCGCAGCGCUGCUGCCCCGACAGCUGGUGGAGCCCGUGAGAUGGGAGCCCACCAUCCGUGCCCUCGUCGCUGCGGGCAAGAAUCAGCUGUUCGAGCUGGGGCCGGGUGCGCAGAUCAAGGCCAUGGUCAAGCGCAUUGACCCUGGCGCAUGGGGGGCGUUCAAGAAUGUGGCGGCCUGA